GGAUGCGAUGUGCCGUCGAACGUUGUAUGUCUGACCGAUAUAGCCAAUGGUAACGCCCUGUUCGAAGAAGACGUACAUUGGGGCACUUGCUCAACUUCAUAGGCGACUUGUACGAUUGAAAAUAGAAAUAGGCACAUUUUUAGAUGCAACCCUAUCCUACAUCGACAUCUGAGAGUUGACUGUACAGAAAACGCAUCUUGGCUUCAAUGGCCGUCUCUUCACCUUCUUUUUUCCUAUUUCGUUUUUCCCUCCAGGCGCCCCUUCAUCCACACUUUAUCUCUUCGUGCUUUUCUCUUCUGCAUUAGACCUUGUCUUCCUUGUCUUCCUUGUCUUUAUUUUCAGCAACCAACCAAGUCUAUCGUCUUUCAUUGACGCCCACCGCACAACAUGUUCAAGGACACCAGAAGACUGAACACGGCCUCCUCGCCGCUCAAGCUUGUACUGCUGCUUGCAAUCGUCGUCUUGGCGCUCGUUCCUCCUACUCAAGCACAAUGUCCACGCGGAGGAUUCAUGCGAUGUGUCGAUGAACGGUCGUAUAUCAUAUGUGGCGACGGUCUAGUUCGAUGUCGCGGUCAAAAGCUUUGCGAUCCCGAUACACCGUAUCUCUCGAUGGAAUCGCCUUGCCAGUACUAUGGGUCCAAGUGUUCUGAGCAUACCUGUUGAAAGACGGCGUAUGUAGCGAGAACAAAUGACUAGUACAGGCGAGGCAGUGUCUGAAUUACCAGUGCACGUUGCUUAGCAUAAAAACCAACUGUGUAUGAGAGAGAGAGAGAGAGAGAGGAGGUAUAGACCAUGUUGGUUUUGUUUAUGUUUUUAUUAUUGCUGUGCAUU